AUGCUACAGUUAAGUGAGAACCUGGGAGAAGGGUUCAGUCCGACGGCCACGUUGGCCCGAGGAUGUUCACGAAGUCCAGGCUUUGUGUUGCAUCCGUGCAGAUAUAAUAAAAGAGAAGAAGAUUUUCCUAGUCUAAGAGAGUAUAAUGAUUUCCUGGAAGAAGUGGAGGAAAUUGUCUUCAACUUGACCAACAAUGUAGAUUUGGAGAACACCAAAAAGAAAAUGGAAAUAUAUCAAAAGGAAAACAAAGAUGUCAUUCAGAAAAAUAAGUUAAAGCUGACUCGGGAGCAGGAGGAACUGGAGGAAGCUCUGGAAGUGGAACGACAGGAAAGUGAGCAGCGAAGACUGUUUAUCCAGAAGGAGGAAGAACUGCAGCAGGUUCUGAAAAGGAAGAACAAGCAGGCCUUUCUAGACGAGCUAGAGAGCUCUGACCUCCCUGUCGCUCUGCUCUUGGCUCAGCAUAAAGACAGAUCUACUCAGCUGGAAAUGCAGUUAGAGAAGCCCAGGUCCACGAAGCCAGUCACGUUUUCCACAGGCAUUAAAAUGGGUCAGCAGAUUUCUUUAGCACCGAUCCAGAAACUUGAAGAGGCUCUCUAUGAGUACCAGCCCCUGCAGAUAGAGACCUGUGGACCUCAGGUUCCCGAGCUGGAGAUGUUAGGAAGACUUGGGUAUUUAAACCACGUCCGAGCGGCCUCUCCACAGGACCUUGCGGGGGGCUACACGUCUUCUCUUGCCUGUCACAGAGCACUCCAGGAUGCAUUCAGUGGGCUUUUCUGGCAGCCCAGAUGAACCUGUCUUCUCCUUCAUGGGAGCGGUAAAGAAAUUUGUGAAGCGGCAGCGCACACAGCUGUACAGCUGCACCGCCUCUCGCUGCUGUGCUCAGGUGCUUACUACAGUCUGAACCAAGCUGAGAAUGUGUUGCAUAUAGAUGCCUGGAAGAGCUUUAUUUUUUACUUCUGUUCUUCAGAGACAGAUUGAAGCAUUGACUCUCAUCAGACAGGAAUGGAAUAAAUGAUUUCCCUAUGUAUGGAGUUUGACAGACUUAUAAAAAUUUUUUUUAAUAAAACUUGACUUUAU